AUGCGUGGUGUUUCCGCGUCACAGAGAGGGAGUGAAGGAGGAGAGCGGAGCACGGGGAGGGAGAAGUGGCGGCAAGUGAAACACAGCAGCCCCUCAGCCGUCGCGACAACAGUCAACAAUCGAUCGUGUGAGCUUGUGAUGGGACUCGCAGUCUGCAGAAACCGCAAUUUUGCAGCCGAUCUCCGGACAACAACUCAGCAAGUCUGUUUUAGUAUUCCUAAACGACCGGGCAGGGGAGUUUGGAGCGUCCAUUGUCUGUCGUCGUUUGUUUCACUCUCAGGUCUUGUCACGGCUCGGCCGCUGCCUCCAUCGGGGGAACUAGAAGCCACCAAGAAUCUUCACCUCUGA